GUAGAUGGCGUCACCCAGGGCGUGAGUUGUUGCACGAGGAUAUUGAAGACAAUGGCUAAGAACAAACUAAGAGGGCAGAAGUCCAGGAAUGUAUUUCAUAUAGCCAGCCAAAAAAACUUUAAGUCUAAAAACAAAGCAAAACCAGUUACCACUAACCUUAAGAAGAUAAACAUUGUGAAUAAUGAAAAAGUUACCAGAGUGAAUAAAGCUUUUGUAGAUAUACAAAAGGAACUUGCACAUUUCUCAAAAGGCCUUUCCCUUGAACCUUUGCAGAAACAGCUGAUUCCUCAGCAGUGUCAUGAAAACGAACCAGUUAAUGUUGAUGAAGCGACAAGAUUAAUGGCUCAGUUGUAAUACACUGGAGAUACAUCAAAUACCCCAAAAAGACCAAUAAAUUAAAUGUCUUAUA